UCUGUUCGUUUCUGUCUUUUCCAGUUUUCGGGCAUGGCUUAUUACAUUCUUCUGCACACUCCAUUCAUCAGAUAAGCAUACGUUAAGAAGCUUGUCGGAAGAACUAAGGGGUGUGUGCGUAUUGUAUAUAUAUACAUUUAUCUCCUAUGGAGGGUGCUGGCGGUGGCCAAUACGAUGGUGUGAAGAAUACUGUUAGAAAAAAAAGGAGCUUGACUUGUCGCCGUCCUCGUCCUGAUUCCCAAGUUGGGUUUCUCGAGGGCCAAGAACGUUCAUCACCAUUGGUAUCUACACCUUCUGAUGAUUUCAGCAAGAUCUCGAGUGAUGAUAUACCUGCCUUCGAUACCAACCCUAGAAGGAAAGAGUUCAGUCUUAGUCAAUGUAUGUCCAGGGCUGCAACAGUAGCGGAAUCUGGAAGAGACAACUAUGUUUCUAGAAGGGGAAGAGGGCUCAAUAAGAAUGUACGUUCCACCGAAGGUGUACUUGCGCCUGCCAACUGGAAAAAUGCAAGCCAGGCGAAAGAUGGGUUGGAAUCAGACUUUGAAGGUAACGAAGGGUUUAACAGUAGAAAUGGCGAGAUCGCUGAUUUUGGUGAGUCGGAGGGAAAGGUUAAGAAAGUGAAGCUGAAGGUCGGUGGCCUGCCUCGCACUAUUCAUGCUAAUGGCUUAUCAGAAGGUGGAUCAUCUAGAAAGAGUCAUCGACUUCUGGAUGAUUCUGGGUUUUGUUCAAUGCAGAGUUUUCAGGAAAAUUCAGAUGAUUGUAACUCCCCUCAAGAUAAGAAGGUCGGUCUUCAGGGAAUCCGUUGGAAGGAUUUCAGUCUAGAGAAAGAGAGCUCUGAGAUGGGGAGGAAAAAACAAGGGGAACCAACUGGCCCCGUUCGCAAGAGCAAGCGGGUCCCUAAGAGAAGAGUAUUUGAUGGAGAUUUUAGCGAAGAGGAUGAUGAUGAUGAGAUCCGGUAUUUGGAAAAAUUGAAGUUAAGGGCUUCUUCUGCGUUCAAAGAAGACGCUGAGGAGUCGGGAAGGAGGCAGCAAAAGCCCUCUGAAGUCUCUAAUGGGGAAGGUUCCGAGAAGGGAAAAUCUAGAUCAGAUAAAGGAUCUGACGAUAUGGAUUAUGAGGAAGAAGAGCGCGAAUCUGCUUCGGAUAACGAAAACGAGGCUGGCAAUAGGAAUGGGCAAAAGAAGCAGCAGAAGGAAUCUGCUGAAUCGUCAAUGGAGAUGAAGAGGGAAAUGACUUUGACAACUCGUCAACGAGCUCUUGCAUCUGGAUCUGGCGGGUCAAAUGUAAUUGAAUUUCCUGAUGGAUUACCUCCUGCUCCAUCAAGAAGGAACAAGGAGAAGCUUACGGAU